UACAUUUAAGAUUUCAAAUGCAAUCACUGCAAAAGAAUGUUUUACAAGUCAAUAAAUUAAUAAAAAAAUAACAUUAUUACAGAGUGAUAAUCUAGUUACGAAAAAGGAAAUAUUAUAUAUUUUGUGUUGGUGGGAAAACUGUGUGUAACCUUGGAUGAUGACUAGCACAGAAACAAAUACAUUCCAAGUUCUUCAACAACCAAAUCCAGAUGCCUUAAACAUUUUGCAAUUAAAUGACGACUGCCUUAUAAAGAUCUUCAGCUAUUUAAACAACUAUGAGCUAAUUGACUUACUAGGAACCUGCCGCAAAUUAGACGAAAUAAUUCACAUCAAUUUGCGAAGAUGCAAAGAUCUUAGUUUUAAUUUUAGACAUUUUAGUUCUGACGACAAACGAUUAUUACAAAUUGUAAGCCCCUAUCUUACAUCCAUCGAACUAUCUGUUGGUUAUUCUAUAAGUUCUGAAAGUGUAUUGGCAGCUCUAGAGCUAAUAUCGAAUUGUAAGAAAUUAAGAAAAUUAAGAUUACAUUAUGUUGUAAUGCGUGAAAAGUAUUUAAAACUAAUUGGAAAUAUUUCUAAUCAUUUGGAAAAAAUUGAUUUGAGUUUUUGUCAACUUACCGAUGAACUUAUGACUGAAUUCUUCAAAUGGAAAUGUAAUUCCUUGAAGGAGAUAAUUUUAAUCGGGAAUUAUACGUUCUGGGGUGUGUCUUUGAUUUAUCUUAAGAAUCUCAAAUGUCUUACUAUCGAAAGUCAUGAAAAUCUGAAAAUAAAUGUAGAACAAUUGAAAGUAAAUAAUCCAAAGGCUGAGAUUAUUAUUUAUGGAAAGGGACGAUUGAAAAAAAUUUGUGAUGUUAAUUUGUGAAUAAAAACUUUGUUUGCAUUUGAA